UCUCCUCCCCUCGGUGAGCAGCUUCCCCGGCUCCUGGCCGCCGUCCUCCAAUGCCGUGCUAGAUUAGGAGGGGGAGGGAGGCACAGGCGCCGUGUAACAGGGAGCCGGAGCCCAGAGACACAGGCAGAGAAAAGAAAGGCAGAGUCACGGGGGAGCCAUACACAGAAACAGAGACGGGUCCUCCGUGAGCCACAAAGCCGCCGAGCGCCUACCGGAACACCGACACCGCUCCUUCCUUCUCUCCGUGUGCCACUCCUUCCCCUCGGUGUGAGGAUGGGGCCGCCGCUGCCGGGCCCCGGGCAGGAGGAGUGUUGAUGACUGUCAGUGAUGGCCGCGUCCACCGGCUGCAGCAGCAGCAUCGUCCCAGCAGCCGCCAGCCCAGCUCUCAUCCCCGGCCUCCCCCCGAGGAUCGCGCCUGUCAUUAGAGGGAGUCCCGGUUGUAAUCAGUGACACUGCGUCUGUACCCCACCGAUCAUCGUCCGAUCUCAGCGGGAGAGAUAGCCGGUCCCCCACCCCCCACUGACAUCGUGCACGUUAGUAGGAGUGAAGGUGGGUGGGCUAUAGAGGAGGAGAAUGCACCAGCCCGAUCCAUCUGCUGAUCUCUCCGCCAGGAAGAUGGCGCACCCGGCAGAUGUGCCCAGGAGGGGCAGCGGUGCCAGCCCCUCUCCAUUGACUUUGACAGGUGGGCCCGGACUAGGUGGUGGCCAUCUGCUGUCCUCCGAGGACUAUCAGCAGUCUCCUAUGUUGGUACAACCUCCCCUCCCAGCCUCCUCCUCUUCCCCUGGACCUCAGCAGCAUCCUCCCCAGACCCUCAACCUCAUGCCCCAGCCUGGGGCCCAGAUGAUGAAGAAGAAGAGUGGCUUCCAGAUCACCAGCGUCACCCCGGCUCAGAUCUCUGCCAACAUGAGCUCCAACAACAGCAUCGCCGAGGACACCGAAAGCUACGAUGACUUGGAUGAGUCCCACACCGAGGACCUGUCCUCCUCUGAGAUCCUGGACGUAUCGUUAUCCAGAGCCACAGACCUUGGUGGUCCUGAGAGGAGUUCCUCCGAGGAGACCCUGAAUAAUUUUCAAGAAGCCGAGACACCAGGUGCUGUGUCUCCAAACCAACCACAUCUUCAUCAACCUCUACCAGCCCAUGUUCAGCAAAAUAUCAUGAUCAAUGGAAAUGUACACCAUCCCCAUCAUCUUCAUCAUCCUCAUCACCAUCAUCAUGGACUUCCUACAGCAACACACCCUGGCUUUCCCAGUGCACCUUUAUCCGGGACCUCUCAAAAUGCAGCACCUAUCAAACUGGCUACCCAAGGGAGUACCGACAGUGCAGUGAACAUAGGACCCGCUUCUUCUGCACCUUCUGGUCCCAAUGUGGGAACUGUUCCUCCUUUGACACGUAAGGCUAGUGGUCCUGUAAGUACUGGUGUCAAUCCUGUCCAGGGGAGUAGUACUUCUCACAACAUAAAUAUCCAAAAUAUAAGUGUUACAGGUCCAUUGCCUACCAAUGUAAGCUCAACCAAUGUUACAAGUUCUAGCAAUGUCAGUGCUGUGUCUGGACUCAAUACCAAUGUAAGUCUGUCUGGGAAUGGUGGUGUCGCCUCCUCUAAUCUCCCUAACAAUGUUUCCAAUGCAGCUGUUGGGUCAGCACCUGGAUCGGCUUCAGUGCCGCAGCAGGCAGCACCUUUAGCUGUAACAUCUAGAUUUAGGGUUGUGAAAUUGGACUCUAGUACCGAACCCUUCAAAAAGGGCAGAUGGACUUGUAUGGAGUUCUAUGACAAAGAGAAUACAGCAGCUGCUUCAGAGGGAGCUGUCGUCAACAAAGCAGUAGAGAGUGUUAAACAAAACCCACUUGAAGUGACGUCUGAGCGAGAGAGCACCAGUGGGAGCUCAGUCAGUAGCAAUAUCAGCACUCUGAGUCAUUACACAGAAAGUGUCGGGAGUGGAGAGAUGGGGGCCCCUGCAAUGCAAGGAUUUCCAACCUUGGCUCCUCAGCAAAUGGACUUCAGCAAUCCUCUAACCCAGAAUGUUCCUGCCUCCAAUAUACCACAGAGUGUUUCACAGCCUCAACUUGCACAACUGCAUAUUCACUCGCAAGAUGUGACUUACUCUCCUCAGAAACAAGUUGGACAGGCUACCACCACUUCUAUAAAUCCAGCUGUUGGCAUCCAGGCCACCGCUGUAGGUGUUCAGCCUGCUACUGUUAACAUUCUCGGUGUAGCAUCCUCUUUAGGACAUCAACAGGCAGCAGUUCCUGCUAUGAUCCCACAACAGUUGCCAUAUCCUCAACAGACGCAGCCCAUUCAAACUCUGCCAACUGUUCCUCAACAACAGUUGCAAUAUGCACAUCAACAAACUGCUCCUACUCAGCUGACUACUGGGCAUGUCAUGCCAGCAAAUCAAAGUUCUGUUCCAGGGAAUUUGCCAGAAUACCUACAACAUCCACAAAUGCUUCAAACAGCAGUUGGCCCUGUACAAUCUAAUUCAGCAGCAGUUGGUAGUACGGCCACAGUGCCUGUUGUCCAAGCACAAGUUUUACAGGCGCAAAUGCAGUCUUCAUCAGCACAGCCUCCGCCAACUUGUGUAGCUUCAACUCAACCUGUGGUACAUGCCCAAACUACCUUGUCUGCAACAGGUAGUCAAGUUGUAGGUGUGGCCCAGCAAGGAAGCCUGCCAGUGCAUCAAGCAUCAGCUGGUCAGGCUUCACCACCUGUUAUGCAGCAGAAUGUUCCAACACCUUCACAGCAGGUACUGCCACCUGCACAGGGCAUCCAAGUGGCUGCUUCUGCUCAUCCACAGCCGGUAAUGAUUGCCCCUCAGAAUCCUCUACUCCCUUCAAUGCCUCCAACACAGCUACUGGAGCCUGCAUUACAGGGAAUGGCCACUCAACAAGUACCUGCUGUUAGCCCUAUACCGGCCGCCACCAAUGUUUCUGCUGUUCCACAACUGAAUACAGGUAUUCCUCCUGGUAUAUCUCCUGCAACAACUACUUUAGGUCCUCCACCAACUGUUACUCAACUUUCAACUGCACAAAAUGGGAAUUUAGUUCAAAGUGGUAGCCAGGCUCCACUAAUGUCAGCUUUGCCCAUUGCUCAAAAUGUGGCGCUCCAAAUGGCGGCUGGCCCUGGUCAGUUCUUGGUGACAUCACUUGUACAGUCAGUGGCAAGUCAGAUUGAAGAUGCUCGCCGGUUGGAGCAAUCAAUGGCCGGCUUACCACAUGCUGGUGAAGGAGCCAUGUUGGAUAGUAGCGGUAAUCUCCAAGGGCCUGGAUCCUUGCUUCCUUUGAAGUCUCUACCGCUAACGACACCUCUAGUUGAUGGGGAAGAUGACAGGUGGAAGAAAGUAGUGAAAACUGGGGGCAAGACAAGAGAGGAGCCUAUUCAGCUUGAUGCAUACUCCGUCUCCCAUCUUGCACACACUUGCUGGGAUUUAUAUUUAAGCUCCUCCGGUGCCAGCGUGGUAGCCAUCGACAACAAGAUCGAGCAAGCCAUGGAUUUGGUUAAAAGCCACCUGAUGUAUGCAGUUCGAGAAGAAGUGGAGGUACUAAAGGAGCAGAUCAAGGAGCUGAUAGAGAAGAACUCCCAGCUGGAACAGGAAAACAAUUUGUUGAAGAACCUGGCAAGUCCAGAGCAGCUUGCCCAGUUCCAAGCGCAGCUCCAGAGCGGCUCCCCUCCAUCUUCAUCCUCACAGCCUGUAACGGGCACCCCAGCCCCGGCACUGCCAACCUCACAAAGCUCCGGGCCCUCCGCAUAGCAGCUUCAUCUCAUAACAAGUCAUCACAAAUGGGGCCUGAUCCACCUUGACGUGACACCACUAUGACCAUGAAUACUGAAGAGGACUGGAACCAUACCUAUAGUAGAAGUCUGACGGGAGCUCGCUUCUGAGUGCUUUAAUGCUUGGACUUUGACAUUUACAGAGGAGGUGACCAACAUUUCACCCUUCUUUUAUUGCUAUGAAGUGUCCUAAUAAUUUCAGUGACUGCAAAACUCAUAAGAUUCUCUCUCUUGGAUGUGCCUCUGAUCUACACUUCAUAUUUAAGGAGCAGGUGCCGAAUGUGCCUCCCACUCUUCUCCGGCUUCCAGCUUGGUUGCACACCUCCCUCCUUUUCAGUAUUACAGCUCUUUUCACUCCACCUCCUUUUCAUACUUGGACUCCAAGGAAUACUUCUUUCGAGGCGUGUUGCAUUGGAAAUGAGCCGUUCUGCUUGGACAGUCAUAAUGUAAAUAUACCUAGCACUGCAUUGUAUGCAAGCUGUGAUUCCUUCAAUUUUUUUUUUUUUAUAUAAAUAUUUUAUUUUCAUUUUAUCUAUGUAACACGCUCCGCUGUACAUGAUGCCAGUAUGUUCAGGUGUAAAGGUGGCACAGUAGUGGAUUGAUUUGGACAGGAAAUGACCCAAGUUUUUUUUUUUUUUUGAGGGAGCUUUCCACCACAAGGACACCACCUUUCCUGCGGGUGAAACCAUUGAAGUGUACUUCUACUGCUUGAGCCCUUCAUUUUGCAAUAUCUGCUAUUGAUACAAUUGGAUCUGUUGUGAGAAGAUGCUGUUGGAAACUAGGAAUAUUAUUAUUAUUAUUAUAUUAUUAUUAUUGUUUCAAUGAAGUUUAUUUGCCUACUGUAUAUUUGUGUAUGUAGUGUAAGUACUCUGUAAAAUAGAACUCUUGUAAGUACUAUUUAGGUUGUACAGAUUGAAAUUUAGUUCCAUUGGCUGAACGGAAAUGUUGAUUUUUUUUUUUUUUUUUUUCCUUUUUUUUUUUUUUUUGAGCUGCUAGCUCUUUAGGAGUCAGAUGGACCCUAGAUGCACGUUAAUCUGACACUAAAGGGUUUAGCCAAGAGCACAUCUGCACAACUGUUUAGGACAUAGAAGUAGCUAGACUAUGGCUCUCCUGUUAUUGUUGACGUUCAAGUCUCAUAGCAUGCUCUGCAGCGUGAAGACGCAUGCUGGGAACAAGAACAUGAAAGCCACAGGAUGCAAAUACACAUUAGGACAUGACAGAUUCAUGCCACUUGUAUUCUGUCUCAAAACUUGCCUUGGCUGAGAAUCUUUUCAAGCAAACUCCAGUUCACCAAUUUAUUUUUUAUUUUGUUUCUGUUUUGGUUUAAACACUCCAGAUACUGACCACUUUCUGCUAAUCGAAAAGAAUAUACAAGCUGUAAGGUAGUAUGCAUAUGUUGUGCAUGUUCUCUAAACAGUUGUAACACGUCAUUGUAUUUAACUGUUGCACUUGUCAACUUUCAAUAAAGCAUACAUUGUUGGUAAAGAAA